CUGAGGCAUAAAGCCAUGCUGAACAACCUCCUGCAUCAGGGGGAUUUACCUCGAAGUCCCUGCAAGCAACCAGCCAGGAGGAGGAAGGUGGAUGCAGCAGUAGCAGCAGUAGCAGCAGCAUCACAUCCGCAGAGGCGGCGGCAGAGGCCAGCUGGGAGGAUGAAGCAGAUUUUGGCAGAUGACACAGAAGAUGUGUCUCUUGACUUUGGAAAUGAAGAGGAGCUGGCAUUAAGGAAAGCAAAAAUCAGGCACCCACUGGCCACCUUUUUCCACCUGUUUUUCCGAGUGAGCGCCAUCGUGACCUACUUGUUCUGUGACUGGUUCAGCCGAAGCUUCGUGGCUUGCUUUGUCAUCAUCCUGCUCCUCCUGUCCUUUGACUUUUGGUCUGUGAAGAACGUCACCGGGAGGCUACUGGUUGGCUUGCAAUGGUGGAACCAGAUUGACGAGGACGGGAAGAGCCACUGGGUGUUCGAAGCGAAAAAGGUCCCUUCUAGCAUAGCUGCCCCCACUGAAGUAGAAGCGCGGAUAUUCUGGCUUGGGCUGAUUAUCUGUCCUGUCAUUUGGACCAUUUUCUUUUUUAGCACCUUGUUCUCCUUGAAGCUGAAAUGGCUGGCCCUUGUGAUAGCCAGCAUCUCCCUCCAAGCUGCUAACCUCUAUGGCUACAUCCACUGUAAGUUAGGAGGAUCACCAACCAUCCAGAGAGUCACCUCCAGGUUUCCAGCACAGCAGAUGUUUCAGAGGGAAAUGCCAGAGGAAUUUCAGAAGACCGUUCUCAAAGGGAUGGGGCCACAGAGCUACUAGAUCCUUCCUAUGGGGCUGGUCAAAAAGGCAAUUUAGCCAUUACAUAUGGAAAGAUGAAGCACCAUCAAUAACCUCAUGCAUUGAAGACAACUACUGAAGGACACAACCAAGGAGGCAAAAACUGAGCAUAUAGUAAAGAGUGUAGGAGAGGUUCAGGAAAUAAAAAUAGAGUGUGUUGACAAAAUAGAAUGAGUAUCUAAAUACAACUGUUCUGUCUCCUGCAUGCAACUUUACUGAUAAAACUAACCACAAUUUGUGUAAUUUGAUAAUCAGAUGCAGACUUGUCCCUCAUAGCAAAACUGUGAUACUCUGAAAAAGGUUGGGCAUUUGACUGGUCAAAAGAGUACAGUCAACUGACAAAUAUUGGUCUCGCAUUUCUGCCGCCACCCCCAGAGGACUGACUUCAAUGUGUUGCUUUUGAUAGUAGUUAUAAAAAUAAAUCAAUCGUGAUCGUAAAAUAAUGAAAUUGACUUUUUAAAAGUUACAUUUCCAAACUAGAGUCCAAUCCCUCCUAGGAGCUUUACAAAGAAGGAGUCAUGGGUGCCCCAUGCAGUGACUUUUGCUGAGUUUUUCCUGUUUGGAGGUACCUGCUGUUCUACCAAGUGGCCAGGAGGAGGAGCUUUGCUCUGAGGCUGGAGUUGCCCCCGAGGGUAAUGGAGCAGACAACCUUCACCCCUGCCUACCAAAUAACUGACACCAUGAUGCCUUGGCUUCAGGGAAUAUCUGAGUAUGGUCAAACAGGCAGUCAACUGAUGCCAGUAUCUGGCCAGUCAAGUGAUCAGCGUGCCAGACCUUGUUCAGAAUAAUUCAGACGCACUGAGCCAACACCCUAAAAGACAAGUCAAACAGGCACUCAUUACUGAAAAUGAUUUUUAUCUGCAAGACGAGGCUUUAAAUUCCUAUAAAGGAUUCGGGUAACAUUCUGAAUUUCAUUUGUUAGUUAAGUGUUUUCGUCUUCUUGCAGGUGGUUAUGGUUGCAGUAGUCUUGAAUUCCUGCAGAAAAACAGAAAGAUGCAGCAGAAUUGAAAUGCAGAGCUACAUUAUGGGAUUUUUUGUUCCAGGAGUUGAGUAGGACAGGGACUGUGGCAACACUCUCCCCCCACACCCCAAUACACGCCCACACCCCACUGGCUCAAUAAAAACCCCACACCUCUGAA